AUAUUUAUUUAAAAUAACUUAUUAAACUGCGCUUGAUUUUGUCUCGUGGAGAUCUAAACUAGCUUUUGUGGUGACAUACAGUUUAAAUAUUGCAAGUCCUAUUAUUAUGACCGCUUAGAUUAUUUGGUCAAGUACUUAGGAGUUCAGGACAGCUCCUAAAAUUUCUCGGCAUUUUGUGAACUGAAGAAUUGAAAUCGUUUCGCUUUGUCUCCGCUGGACACUGACCCGACGGCAAAUAUGUCGGGUGACCACAAAACCUUGAUAAAAGGGAGCCCAUCCCAAUAUGUGAAACUUAAUGUGGGCGGGACGUUAUUUUAUACCACGAUAGGGACCCUAACGAAGAGUGAUAACAUGCUCAGAACUAUGUUUAGCGGCAGGAUGGAAGUGCUUACUGACUCUGAAGGUUGGAUAUUGAUUGAUCGCUGCGGCAAGCAUUUCGGUACAAUCCUGAACUACCUCCGUGACGGCACAGUGGCACUGCCGGACAGCUACCGUGAGAUCAUGGAACUGCUCGCCGAAGCCAAAUACUUCCUCAUCGAAGAGCUGACGGAGUCCUGCCAGCAAGCGUUGCAGAAGAAAGAGAGAGAGGCUGAACCUAUAUGCAGGGUGCCUCUCAUCACGUCGCAUAAGGAGGAGCAGCUGCUUAUUAUGUCUACUUCGAAGCCUGUUGUGAAGCUGCUAAUAAAUCGCCACAACAAUAAAUACUCGUACACAAAUACGUCUGACGAUAACCUGCUGAAGAACAUUGAACUGUUCGACAAACUCUCCCUGCGCUUCAGUGGAAGAGUGCUCUUCAUCAAAGACGUCAUCGGCUCCAACGAAAUAUGCUGCUGGUCGUUCUUCGGACACGGCAAGAAAUGCGCCGAGGUUUGCUGCACGUCUAUUGUCUAUGCAACUGAUAAGAAGCAUACGAAAGUAGAAUUCCCAGAGGCAAGGAUUUAUGAGGAAUCUCUUGGAAUUUUGUUGUAUGAGAGCCGGAAUGGGCCCGAUCAGGACUUGAUACAAGCGACGUCGUCGCGGGGCGCGGUCGGCGGGCUCUCCUGCACCAGCGACGAGGAGGAAGAGCGCUCCGCUGCACGACUCAGGUCAAAUAAGCAGAAUAAUCAGUCUUAGCGGUUACAGUCGGGCUUGGCGCGCCUUCGUAGCUCUAAACGGACAAAUGUCUGAUACCAAGCCGGGUUCUUCUUGCCCUUUUGCUGGCUGCCGUGCUUUGGUCUUUAGGAAGUUGUGAGACGCCCGUCCUACGGGCCCUUUCUACACCUUGUGAGCUCUCUUCGAGAUGUGAAUGCAGAAGGAAUGAAAGCAAAAGAGGCAAUUUUAUAUUCCAAAUAAAUUCGCAAUUAUUUGAUGGACAACUUUCUGUGUCUACAUGUCUUUGUGUUUAGUGAAUAUAAAGUAUGAAGAAAUAGUAUGUGUUAUGAAGAAAUAGUGCAAAAAGUGACAUAGACUAUUAUAAUUAUUGUAAAGUCCAAAAAUGAAUAGUGUAAUGAAAUGUCCAGUAUACGAUUUUAAAUAAUUAUAGUAUGAACUGUAUGUAACUUUUGUUGGAUGCUUUAGUGUGCAUGUUUGUUGUAUUGUAAUGAAAUCUUUUCCAUUUCACUGUAGGUGUUUUAAAUAUGUAUGUCUAUGUGUGAUGCCUUAUUUAAAUACCCAGCAAAAAGGAUGGGUUUACAAUUCUAAUUAAUAUGACAUUGUAUAACAUGAGACAUCUAUGUGUAUAAACUAGCCCUUACAGUGGAUACGCUGCUACAUUCAACAGUUUCUAAAAGUCUUGCAGUUCCGGCUGUUUGCAGUUUCGAAUGUGCAUUGUAGUGCCUCGUCAAUACUGUGAAAAAGAGCGUAUCCACCUCACACUAAAUUAUAGCGUCUUUUCAGUGCCAGAUAGAAAAAAUGACCGUAACAGUACCCAAGGCGCCGUCAUAUUUUAAGAUUCGGGCGAAGCCUGACGUACGCGGUCCCAAGCCACCGGCGUCCUCAUAUGGAGUAGCAACCAUAGAGUUGUCUCUCAAAUGUACAGUGAGCUGCAAAUACAUUUGACCAUCCUUGUACAAAUAUUUGCACGAAAUGCUGUGUACAACCGCAGGCAAUUAUGGUCGUGCGAUAAAUGAUAAAACAUCUGGCUGAUAUCGCACUUAUAAAUAGUGCGAUAGGGACGGCCUGAUGUUUUAUCAUUUAUCGCGCGACCAUGCUUGCCUGCCUGUUCUACAUACCACAUCAGUAUAAAUUAUAUGUUAAGCUUAAAUGUCACUUACACAGCUCAAAUGUAUUGCCAAAUGGAUGUUUAGUAAUUAAGGUCCCUUUCCUGAAUUUACUCAGCAACAGCUCACAUUUGCAUCCAAAUGUUUACACUCAAGAUCACUAAAAACUGGUAAUUUUGUAUACAAAUUCUAAAACAAAACCUUGUUUGUUGACUUGUUUACUGCAAACUUGCCGGUAAAAUAUAAAUAAUAUAUUAGAUUCUAUUCACAAAAGUGUGACAGUGCCAGUGAUUACUGAUUAGUUGUAAUAUAAUAUGACAGGCACAAUGUUAUGGAAUAAAUAC